UGAAAUAUUUUCUUCAAAUUCGCAUGAAACCACCCUUUUGAUAAUACCUAUUCAACAAAAAAAUAAUCGUUCAAAUUGAUUUAUAAUCGGCGGAGAUAUUGCGUAUAAAAAAGUUCAUCCCCAAUUUUCCACCCUUGGGGGUUGUUUUUUCUAUUAUUAAAUUUAAAUGGGACCACCCUUGAGGUAUUACCUAUACGCUGAAAAAAGAUUUGUUCAAAUCGGUUCAUAAUUGGCGGAGUUAUCGCGUAACAAACAUAGAAAAAAAAAAAAAACAUACGGGUCGAAUUGAGAACCUCCUCCUUUUUUGAAGUCGGUUGAAAAGAUGUUCCUCCGACUGAGUCGCAGUGAACAGGUGACAAACACAUCAUGAGCUUCAAGAGCAAGGUGGUGAUCGUGACGGGGGCCAGCGCCGGUAUCGGGGCAGCCACGGCGGUGCACUUCGCCAAGGAAGGAGCCAGCGUGGUCGUGGUCGGAAGAAAUGAAGCCAAGCUGAAGGACGUGGCACACAAAUGCGCCGCGGUCGGCAGUGCGCCGCUCAUGGUCAAAGCAGAUGUCUCUAACGAUGACGAUGCCAGAAGAAUCAUCAGCGAAACUAUAAAAAAGUUCGGCAAACUAGAUGUACUAGUCAAUAAUGCAGGUGUCAUGACAUUCGGAACACUGUUAGAUGGAAAAAUCUUGGAAAGUUUCGACAAGUGCGUUGGCGUGAAUUUGAGGGCUAUGAUCCACACCUCGAUGCUGGCCGCGCCUCACUUGGUCAAAACUAAGGGGAACAUCGUGAACAUAUCGAGUAUUCUUGGGCAGUUCCAUAUCGGUGCGUUCGUGAAUGGGUAUGCGUCUUCUAAAGCCGGGUUGAGUCACUUCACGAGAGGGGGUGCGAAGGAGUUGGCUGAGCACGGGGUGAGGAUGAACGUGGUGAGCCCUGGCCCAGUGGACACAGCACUGCUGGAAGAUUUCGGAGCGACCGCAGGAGUGCAGGAGGUGAAGACGGCUUUGGGACGGGUGUCCCAAGCGGAUGAGAUGGCUGACUUGAUCCUUUAUGUGGCCAGCGACAAGGCGAAAGGAAUAACGGGGUCUGAGUUUGUGGCCGAUAAUGGUAUAAGCUUGGUCUAAUAGUGUACGGUACUAUACGUAAUAAUAAGUCAAGAAUAUUGUACAAUUUUAAGUUUCUUAUUCAAAUAAACACCGUAGUGUUCACUGUGUUUGUCUGACGCAUUAUUGUGUUAUUUGAGCAUGACUGGUACUAUGUAUUAUUUAAUGGUUCAAUAAUAAAUUGUGAGAGUAUAAUCUUGUCUUCAACAUUGUAUAAUUUUUUUUUAUGCAUAACAAGGCAGGUAUUUGACCACAAUCGCACCUGAUGUUAAGUGGGAUGCAUUCUAGUAGUGUAUUGUAGUAGUAGUUAAAAAGAAGCUAUCCUAGUAAUCGGCAAAUUUUUCGUUUUUAUAAAAAGUAGGUAGAGUGAAAAUUUUUAACAUUUACACAACUACAUUCCAACUCAAUUUCAUCAGUAAAUCUUACGCCGAUGAGAUUAACAAAACUGUAACAAAAUAUACUUAGUUUAUCACAAUAAAUUCGUUGGCCAUAGUUCUGCUCAAUAAAUAGCAUCAGGCGUUUUAUAAUAUUCAUAU